AUGAAACGAGAUAAAAAAUCUCCAACCAAAUCACCAUUGCCAAAGAUCCAUCAUCAUUCAUCAACUUUCAGUAACAUUAAAGAAUUCCUCCCACUCCCAUCUCCAUCUCCAACUUUUUUAACCCGCACGACUAAAUCAGAUUUACAAAAUACUCUUAUGUUUUUGAAUGGAGGAGAGUCUCAAAAUCGAACCCCAACAUUAUCUGAUUUUCCUGAAGCACAUCCAUAUAAAAAAUUCGUACAUAAAAAUACUACAUUUGAAUGUCUGUCUGAAAGAAAUUCAAUGAAAAUUUUUAACUCCUCAGUUCUUAAAACAAAAUUAGACCUCGCUUUGGUUCUUAGGACUUUAUUUGGAGAUUGUAAAGAAAAUGUCUCCAAGCGUACUUUAAAUAGGACGAAGCUUAUAAUAAAAGCACUUGAAAUAUUAGCAAAUGAAGAUGGAAAAUAUAAAGAAGAACUAAAAAAUAUAGUAGAAGAAAUAAAGACUGCAAUUUUUAUUAACAAAGGAGAAAUAGGAACAGAAGUAUUAGAGCACAUUUAUGAAAAGUAUCCAGACACACUGACUGAUUUAGAUGGACUAAUUCCAUUCUACUAUCUAUAUCCUCUUAAAUUAAAACCAAAAGACACUGAUGAAUAUUAUAGUAUAGAUACAGUUAAAAAAAUCAUAGAAAAUUACAAUUCACAAAUAAGAAAAUUGAAUGAAGAAAGAACCGCGAUGAGCGAAAAAAUUUUAGCAAAAGAAAAAGAAAACCAAGUCUUAUUAGAAGAAAACAACAAAUUUAAGCAAGAUAUUGAGAAAAAGUCAAAAGAGAAUUUUAUUUUAGGCAACAAAGUGUCAAUAUUAGAGCGUGAAACUAUGAGUUUACGAUUUAAUGCUGAUGAAGACAAUAAAAUAAUAAUUGAUCAUCAAAAAAGGCUUAAAGCUUCAGAAGAGAUGGUGGCAAAAAUAAGCAGUGACUACAGCCUACUGAAUCGUGAUUUUAUGGAACUCAAAAAGAAAAGUGAUAAUAUGACCCAAGGCUACUCAACAAUUUUGUAUAAGCUUAAACAGUCAUAUGAUGUACAAGAAGACCUUGAAAAACAAAUUUCUGACUUGCUUAAAACUAACGCGAUUCUAGCUGAUCGAGCUGCAGCAGGAUAUGAAGGGCUAACCCCAAGGCCAAAUUUAGACCCAGUUUUCCAUUUAUUAGAUGUGGAAGUACCCAAAGGUUCAACAGCUGAUAAAGUAAAAGUGAUUUUAAAAGAAGUAAAAACAAAAGAUACAAAGAAAACAUUAUAUAAGAGAGGGAGCACUUUAAGAACUGGAAAUAAUAAGCCACUUUCUCGUAAAAACUCAAACACGGAUCUUGAAGAAUUAAAAAAAGUUGAGCAAAUCCCUUCUAUACAAAUAGAUAUACCCAAAUUUGAGAAUUAA